UGUCAGCCUCUCUAGCCAAACCAAAACUUAAAUAAACCAGAGAAAGAAAGAACAGAUCAAUCUCUCUCUCUCUCUCUCUCUCUCUCUCUCUCUCUCCUACUGUCUUCCUCAGAAACCCUAAAAAGCCUGCUCCUCUAUUGCAUCUCCUUCUUCUUCGCCAUUGCUGCUGCUUCUUCUUCUUCUUCUUCUUCUUCGUGACUUUUCAGCUUGCAAUUUUUUGUUUUUUGUUUUUUGUUUUUUUGAGUAUCUGAUUCGGUAAUAGGAGCAUAUCAAAGUUCAUUUUCUCUAACCAUAGAAACACAAACGAUCAAGAAUUUUGUCAGAUUCCAUUUCUUUUUCGCCCUGUUGACAUUUUUUUUUUAAAUUCUUUCUUCUUCUCGCCAGCGAGAGUGGGAGAGAAAAAAGGAAGCCUACACAAUUGGAUUCUUGAUUUUUAAGAUGUUAGAGUGCGGCCACCGCGACUCCUCCGACGGUGAUCUCAGUUUCAAGACCACUAAUUCUACCAACAGUUCAAUGAGCAGCGAGAGUUGUAGUAGCUACUGUCGCAUUUCUUUUGAGCUCCUCGCUUCAAGAUCCUCUCCCGAGAAUCUCUCCCUCAAGCCCCAUCACUCCUCUAACUUCGCCUACUCUGCCAUCCGCUCCGCUACUUUCCGCCGUAAGUCCGGCCUCACCUUCCGCGACUUCCGCCUCAUCCGCCGCAUCGGCUCCGGGGAUAUUGGUACUGUCUACCUCUGUCACCUUACAAAAGAACAUAACAAAAACUAUAGAAAGGAAGAUUGUGAUGAUGAUGAGGAGGAGGAUGAUCGGUUGUGCUUUUAUGCGAUGAAGGUGGUGGACAAGGAGGCUUUGGCGGUGAAAAAAAAGGUGCAUAGGGCGGAGAUGGAGAAGAAGAUCUUGAAAAUGCUAGACCAUCCAUUCUUGCCCACUUUAUACGCAGAGUUUGAGGCGUCGCAUUUCUCUUGCAUUGUAAUGGAGUACUGUUCCGGUGGUGACUUGCAUUCGUUGAGACAUAAGCAGCCUCAAAAACGCUUCUCUCUUAGCUCUGCAAGGUUUUAUACAGCGGAGGUUCUUGUGGCUUUGGAAUACCUUCACAUGCUAGGUAUCAUCUACAGAGACCUAAAACCUGAAAACGUUUUAGUCAGAUCGGAUGGUCACAUCAUGCUCUCAGAUUUUGACCUCUCAUUAUGCUCAGAAGCCAUCCCAGCUGUUGAAUCUCCAUCCUUCUCUCCGGACUCUACUUCUCUAUCUGCGUUGCCCUACACCCGAUCACACUCCAGCAAAACCUUCUCAUGCCUCCUCAACCGGCUCUUCCGAUCCAAGAAAAUCCAAACCUUGGCCUCCAACCGGCUUUUUGUUGCCGAGCCCGUUGCCGCCAGGUCUUGCUCGUUCGUUGGGACCCACGAGUAUGUGGCCCCAGAAGUCGCCUCUGGUGGGUACCACGGGAAUGCGGUUGACUGGUGGGCCCUAGGGAUUUUCAUCUACGAACUCAUUUAUGGACGCACGCCUUUUGCAGCUGCAUCAAAUGAGCUCACGCUGCGUAACAUCGUGAAGAAGCCCUUGAGUUUCCCAACCGAUUCCCCUAGUUCAUCGCUUGAGGGCCACGCGCGGGACCUGAUAUCGGGGCUGUUGAAUAAGGAUCCGAACAGCAGACUCGGGUCGAAGCGGGGAUCUGCCGACGUGAAAAGUCACCCAUUUUUUAAAGGGCUUAAUUUCGCGUUGAUAAGGACGAUGACACGCCCUGAUAUUCCUGGUUUACGCAGGCAAAGAACGGCAACGUUUUAUCAGGCGAAGCCUAAGUCAACGGCGUUUGAUUACUUUUAAGAAGAGCGAGGGAUUUGUGCCACGUGUUGAGCGAUUCCCUGCCAUAUUUGGCCACUGGCGGGUAAUAGUCUAAUUAAUUGACGUGUAUAUUUUAAGUUUUUUUUCCGCUUAAUUUUUUAUAUUCCCUUUUUCCGUUCCUUUUUUUUUUUGUUCUAUAAACCAUGUUUAGAUGACUUAAUCGAGAUUAAGAACAAUCCUAAUUAUAUAUAUAUAAAUAUAAUUAUUGCCCACAGGGAUUUACUCUUUA